UUACAAUUCUGGGCUUUUGGUUCACCGUUCCUUCUUCGCUGUUGCUCUCAUGGCCGCUUUGGCCGCCCAUUCGCCUCCUUCGCCGGCGCCGAUAUCGCCGGCGAGGAGCCGGCGCCAUGGCUCCUUCAGCUUCUCCCUCCCUUCGUGCUUUUGUCUCCUCUCGUUCCGUCUCCCCUAACGCUAUAAUCUCUGGAUCAUCAGUCAGUUGGAAUCAGAAAGAUAAAACCAGUGUAUCUGAUUAUGUGAUUGAGGGUUUGCAAGAAGAAACUAACUGGGCAAGGUUGGAUGCUGAUCUGCAUUACUGGACCAAGACACUGCGUCCUGUUCAGUGGUAUCCUGGUCACAUUGCUAAAACAGAAAAAGAAUUGAAAGAACAACUUAAGUUGAUGGAUGUUGUUAUUGAGGUUAGAGAUGCUAGGAUACCGAUGGCUACAAGCCAUCCACAGAUGGAUUCCUGGCUCGGCAAUCGGAAAAAAAUUCUAGUUUUGAAUAGAGAAGACAUGAUAUCAACUGCCGAUAGGAAUGCUUGGGCCAAUUACUUUUCGAGACAAGGAAUUAAGGCUGUUUUCUCUAAUGGGCAGCUGGGGAUGGGUGCUAUGAAACUAGGGAGGCUUGUGAAGUCAAUGGCCGUUGGUGUGAAUGUUAAACGUCGAGCCAAGGGACUUCUUCCUCGUCCUGUACGAGCGGGGAUUGUUGGAUAUCCUAAUGUUGGUAAGUCGUCUUUAAUUAAUCGAUUGCUAAAGCGUCGGAUGUGUCCAGCAGCCCCUCGGCCUGGUGUCACACGAGAAUUAAAAUGGGUUCAUUUCGGGAAAGAUUUAGAACUACUGGAUUCUCCUGGCAUAAUUCCGAUGCGGAUAAGUGAUCAGGCAGCUGCCAUUAAGCUUGCCAUAUGUGAUGACAUAGGGGAGAGAUCUUACGAUGUCAUUGAUGUAGCUGCAAUUCUUGUACAAAUGUUGACAAGGCAUCCCGAAGUUGGUUCAGGCAAACUCUUCAAGCGAUAUAACAUCGACGCAGAUAUCUUUGAUGGUAGAAUGUUUCUCGAAAAGCUUGCCCUUCAAUUGUUCAAUGGAGAUGUUAGCCAAGCAGCAUUCCGGGUAUUGACCGACUUUAGAAAGGGGAAGUUCGGCUGGACUGCAUUGGAGAGGCCGCCUUGACAAGGUGCCGUUUCUACCGAUGACCCUCUGAGACCAAGUGAGAGUAUAUACCUAUAAAUUUCUGAUUUCUUUUCGCAGAACUGUAUAUCCUGUUGUUUUCAUAGUCAUAUCACAUGAAAAUAAAUAAACAUGAGAAUUUUUCUGCAUAUUU